CGAAAUUUAAGUCUGUGGUAGGAUUGAAGGCUACUGACUAAAUCGUUCCAUCUUGUUGGUCUGUGAUUGUCGGUACUUACCACUCUUUCUCUCUCCCAUUGUAUCCUCUUGUUUUCUAGUGGGAUUUGGAAUUCUAGGAUAUCUCUGGGUCACUGGAAUUGUCUAUACUAACUCCAGUUAAGGUGCAAGGAAAUGGCGGAUCAGGAGGCUCAGCAGCAGCCACAGGCAGAAGUAGAAGUGAAGACAGAAGUUCAACGGGCUUCUGCCUCCCACUCUACUACACCUCUGACUGCUACUCUGCGGAAGGAGUUGCAGGAUAGACUGCAGCAGAAGCAGGCGCUGCUUGCAGAACUUGAGAGACAGGAGGCAGCCGAGAUGGAGGCUGCAACAGAUGCCUCGCGCAGCGAGUAUCUGUUGGAGCAGUUAACCAAGGCCAUGUCAGAUGAACGCUGCACCCAGGUGACCAGGAACUUGGCGGAGUGGGCCGUUUUGGGACACAAAGCCACCAGUUCCUAUUUCACCAAUUGGGAUGAUCGCAUGGGCCGUCUUGAGCGUCGAGUUGAGGACCUGGCGGCUCAGCAGUCAAAGCUAUUGGAUACAAUUCAGGCUCUGACUGCUCAACUGACAACAGCCAAGCUGAUUACUCCUCAGCCUCCUGUACCCAAAGUAAAACCUUCUCCUUCUCUUAGUGAUCAAAGGGGACCCAAGAUUCCAGCCCCCAACAAGUUCAAAGGCGACGAUCCCAAAGUGGACGUUGGGGACUGGACUGCAAGUACCAAAGCCUACUUGAGAGGCUUUACAUAUGCAGAGCAGACCAAGGUUGCGACAGUGCUGGGACUGCUGGAGGGGCCCGCAUUGAAGUGGGCUACCUCAACCUCCAGCAGACAGGACCAGCGCCUAGAGGACUGGGCUUUUGGGCUGGGGGUGGAGAGACUUCUGCAAGCCCUAAAGGACCGUUUUGCAGACACGGAGCGGGCCUGCAAAGCUGCUGACAAGAUUGCUCGCCUGGGGCAACAACGUUAUAGCGGGUCGCUGCAAUCUUUGUUUACGGAGUUCGAGCAACUCACCUCUACCCCUGAGUUGGUCGUAUCAGCAGAUGAUCUGUUAACCAACUUCUGCAGGGCAGCGCCUGAGAAGUUUGUUGUUGCUUUAUACAAUGUUGGGAACAAGGAUUGGAGAUCCUUUGGACGUGCAGCCCUGGACAUGGAGGCAAAGCUACAUGUUCAGGCCCCCUCUUCUGAUAGAAGAAAAGGAGCCUUCCCUCGUGGUGGCAGAAAGGAGAAGGCUGCCUUUGCACAUGCAGGAUCUGGAUCAGCCAGUGAUUCAGACUCCCAGGCUGAUGUACCAUCAGCUGCUGAUACAGAUGUUGCAGCAGCCCUGACUCAGGCUGGCUUGGGAGUUCUGCAGCAGCAGAAAAGGUUUUCUCCUACCACAGCCUCAGCCAGUACCAAGGGGAAGGACAAGGGACGUCGUCCUUCUACCCCUGCCCGGCGCCCCAACCUGCCAAAAGACGUCCGUAUGCCAGCUGACCCACUCAAUCCCUCCACUCUUCCCUGGCAUGAUCUCAAGAUCCAGGAAGGAGUCUGGAGAAGAAGAAAGGAUAGAGGGGUCAACCUGCUAUGUGAGGGGCAACACUUCCUACAUGCCAGGCCCGGGUCAGUCAAAAAAUUGAAGCUGACCCUGGGGACUGCAGUUCCCUCCAGUGUUGCACCCUCAUCCUCAGAGGAAGAUGAAUUUGCAACUGCUUCAGUUGAGACACCGCAGAGUGUGGGAGCCGCGCGGGCAGCAUCCUUUUGUUAUGAGGAUCCUGACCCGGAUCAGGAACCGGAGGAGCAUGAGCUGCAGACACUUGCUGCCUUUUUCUUUCAUCUGAAAGAACAAAAGAAAGUCAAGUCUGACCUCAUCCUGCUUCGGCCCCUAAUCAAUCACAUCAGAAUCAACGGGUUGCUGGAUUGUGGAGCCACCAGAAACUUCAUGUCCCCCAGAGUUAUCAAGAAAUUGCACCUGGGCAUGAAAGUUGAGCAGUUGCAGCAUCCGCUGCAGGUUAAGAUAGGUGACUUCACUACUGUCACCCUCAGGGAGAAGGUCAGGGGCAUCCCUGUUACCUUCGAUAGUGCUGAGGAAGUCAGACACCGUAUGAACUUCUAUACAUUCCCUGAUCAACCCUUUGAUCUGGUGUUCUCGAUGCAGUGGCUGAGGGCAGUCAACCCUAGGAUCGACUGACAGAUCCCUAAGGUUGAGCUCCCCAAUGG